UCACCAAAGAGAUCUGGUCCUCCCUCGGAAGAAAACUGAACAUGCAAUCCUUCAAAGAGACCUUCCUUUGUUGAUAUUUCAUCUGAAGAUCUCUUGUCAGAAAGGAGACAUGUAGAGAGAGAAACUCGAGAAAAAGCAUGAAUAGAAAUUUGAAGGUCGUUGCUGUUGUUGUGCUUUAAGACUAAGGGAUGGGCGAAGUCAUUCUUGGCAUGCCAGGACCAUGGGCUGAUGAUAAGUGUGAAGCAUCUGAUCACUAUACCACAAAAAUCGGCGGGCUUCCCGACUGGCCCUUUCCAAAUACUUCCUCAAGAUCUGAUAUGCUUUUGUGCAGUGAAUGUGGAAACAAUCUGAGUCUUGUUGCACAGGUUUAUGCUCCAGUUUCGAGUAAUUCUUUGAAGAUUGAAGAGCGUGUAAUCUUUGUUUUCGGUUGUGUAAUGCCAAAAUGUGGGAGCUCUCCCGUAAGCUGGCGAGUUCUUCGAGUUCAGAAAUCUAUUGAAAAGUCAAAUAUAACCUGUCAUGAAGUUGUUCCUCAGACUACCUCUCCCCUUUCCAUUUCAACCGCUGAUUGGCGGGAGGAUAUGUGGCCAUUUGACUCUAAAGAAGACGAUGAUGGGGACAAAGAUUGCAUAGAUUUAGAGGAGUUGGGUAGAGCACUUUCGGAAGCUGCAACCUUGGCUUCUCACCCCAAGAAACAAAAUAAAGAUUCCCAUUCCAAGGCUAUUUUGGAGCCGUCACCUGUAAGCAAAACAGCAAGAGUAGUUGAUGAUAAAACACCAGUCUUGCCUUGCUUCUACGUAUAUUCGCAGGAGGAGACAUUCUCAAAGGACGUCGCAUCUAUUUCUUCAAGUUACACCUCACUCUCCAUAAGUGAAAACCAAAGAGAUCUUGAUGAUCAGACACAAGACGAAAUGUGGGAAGAAGAGGCGUAUGAAUAUGACAGAGCUUUGAAUGCUGACAGGACUUACCUCAAGUUCAAGAAACAAAUGGAUGCAUAUCCAGAUCAAUGUUUCAGAUACUCGUAUGGGGGAAAGCCACUGCUGGCUACUGGACGGGCAGUGGAUCCUGGGAUGUGCAGGCUCUGUGGUGGAUCAAGGCAUUAUGAAAUGCAGCUUAUGCCCGCAUUAUUGUACUUUCUACAAGGAGAAGCUCUUGAUUGUCAAGAAUAUUCUCUGGAGAACUGGAACUGGAUGACAGUAAUCGUGUAUACUUGUUCUGUGAACUGCUCCCUCUCCGAUAAGCAAAACACUGCCGCUGGGGACUGGAUUGUGGCAGAGGAGGUUGUUAUAGUGCAGUAUGAGUAAUAUGGCAAACUUCUGCGGAAUUAAACCGUAUGAGUAACAAUUUUGUGAUAUUUUACUGUUUGUUAACGGCAUUAUGUGAAGUUAGGGUGGUUGGCAUUUGUGCUGUUGAUGUAGUGGUUUAUUUUAGCUAGAGAUAUCAAACGAUCAUAAUGUAUUAGCGAUAGAGUUUUCUUCUCGUGACAAUUGACAGGCCUCGUUUUUAUUUUGGAUUAUGGAGUGAAUUAUGGGGACUAAUAAAUCUGGCUUCUCUGCAGUUGAUGUUGGACUGCAGAGAGCUUUUUGUGUGAUCA